GUUUGAUUUGCACUAUAUCUGAUGUCUAUGGUAUGCUGGAUGAUUGAUGCACAUUAUAGUUUUUGAAGUACAGGUACAUUGUGAAGUCACGGAUUUUCUCUUUCUGUCGACACUGGCCACAGUCUCUUCCGCCUGUUCUCUUUUUAUUUCUCUGCUCCAUUACGUUUUUGUUUCCUAUACUAUUCUUAUUGUGUCUUGGCUGCUCCAUUGUACAUUUGGCAUGCUUCCCUAUUUCCCGCUGCUCCCAUUUCUCAUUUUAAUCCUUUGGCUGUUUGUUCUUGGACCCUUUGUUGGGUGAGUCCAGUGCACCCAGUGAUGCUGGAAACCAAGCCUUGGUUUUAUGAGGACAGGUUUUAUUAGGUCCGCGGGUUUUAUUGGGUCCCCGUAUAGCAAAUCCAAGCAUCAUAUCCACCAUGUCCUCAGGGCUCAAGACAACUUCCACAUUCCUCG